ACAAAUAUGUGGAUGUCAUCUGUCUGUACAGGGAACACAGAUUUCAUGAACUAUGGAUUACUUCAUUUGACCACAGAAGGAUUCCCUGAAUGAUUGCAUAGUGUUGGAGAAGAUUUUAUUCUGUAAAUAUUGGAAUAUUCAUAUGAAUAGUAAAACUUUUCUCAUUCUGUUUUUAUUAAAGGAAAACCACUGCAGAAGAAUAAAAAUCCUAGGGGACUGUUACUACUGUGUAUCAGGAUUGACCCAGCCCAAAACAGAUCAUGCCCAUUGCUGUGUUGAAAUGGGACUGGAUAUGAUUGACACCAUCACAUCUGUUGCAGAAGCCACAGAGGUUGAUCUCAACAUGAGAGUUGGAUUGCAUACAGGCAGGGUGCUUUGUGGGGUCCUGGGUCUCCGAAAAUGGCAAUAUGAUGUCUGGUCAAAUGAUGUGACUUUAGCUAAUGUAAUGGAAGCUGGAGGACUGCCUGGGAAAGUUCACAUUACAAAGACCACCUUGGAGUGCCUAAAUGGAGACUACGAGGUAGAACCAGGAUAUGGUCAUGAACGGAAUAGUUUCUUGAAGAAACAUAAUAUUGAAACGUAUUUUAUUGUGCCAUCCCAUCGCAGGAAGAUAUUUCCUGGACUGAUUCUCUCGGACAUUAAGCCUGCCAAAAGGAUGAAGUUCAAGACAGUCUGCUACCUGCUUGUUCAGCUCAUGCACUGUCGUAAGAUGUUCAAAGCAGAGAUCCCUUUCUCCAAUGUCAUGACAUGUGAGGAUGAUGAUAAGAGGAGAGCUUUAAGGACAGCCUCUGAAAAACUCAGGAAUCGUUCCUCUUUUUCUACCAAUGUUGUAUACAAUACUCCAGGAACUCGAGUAAAUAGAUACAUCAGCCGUUUGAUAGAAGCCCGACAAACUGAGUCAGAGAUGGCUGACUUGAACUUCAUUACUCUGAAGUACAAGCAAAUUGAGCGUGAAAAUAAA